AUGCCUGCGUCUGCCGCGGCCCCCUGCGGCUCAAGGAGUUCUGGCGAGGGGAUGGACUGGGCAAUCCGGGGGCUCCAGGCAGUGGCCGCGCUCGCGCCCUAUCUCCUCCCUCCGCGGUGCCCCGAUUGCAGCUGCGUGGCAGACUGCUCGACGCCGACGGAGAUCGUCGGGUUGCUGGGCAGGCAGCUCGGCCGGUGCGGCCCGGAGCAGGUGACCUGCCCGGUCUGCCCCAGCUGCCCCGAGCUGCGCUGCCCCGCGCCCGGGCCGGCGCCGGGGGCCUUCGCCGCAGGCGCGGCGAUCGGCGCUUUGGCCGCCGCUCUGGCUAAGCUGGCCUGGAGGCUGCGCCAGCCGGCCCUAGUGGCGAUCGACUUCUUCGACGACCCGAACGGGUUCAAAUUCCACGUUCGGGCCCUCCUCGUGCCGGCGGGCGCCAGCAGUUGGAUCUGGGCCACCCUGGACCACGGCGAGCAGUUCGGGGACUUCACGACGCAUCUCGUCGCGCCGCCCCGGAGGAACGCGCCGUUCCUUCGACGCCCGGCGGGCCAGCUGCGCGCCUUCGACCCGUUCGAGGAGGGCGAGCUCGAGGCCGUCUGGGAGCAGGCGGCGGCGCUGGCAGCGGCGCUGGGCAUCGAGGUGCCUCGCGGCGCAGCGGCGGCCCCGCCUCUCCGGGCGGUCGCCGACGCCGCUCAUCCGCAGUUCGGGCAGGCCCACGACGCGGCGGUCAGCGGCGCCGAGUAUCGACGCCAGCGACCGGGCGUUCCGCGGGCUGAAGUCGCCGCCAGAGUUCCUGACCGGCGCGCGGGCCUCAGCCCGGGGAUCGCUGGCCACGCGAACCACUACACCACGAGCAGCGGGAUGCCGCCCAGCAGCGCGGCGGCCCACGCGAUUCGGCCCCUGUUCGAGGCGUUGCGGCGCUUCAUCGAGCACGACCAAGUCGACGUCACGAACCUCGCAAGGGCCGAGCUCAUCGCGAGGAGGAUCGCGCAGAUGCAGCGGGCCAUUCGUCGGAAUCCCAAGCACCCCGACUACUCCAGCCUAGAGGGCACUUCGGCCUCGGCGCUGGACGAGACGGGAGGGGCGGCCAACCGCAAGUUCGACGAGCGGGUCGCGCAGGAGCAGAAGACGAAGGUGGUCACCACGAAGAACACAAGGGUCUACACGGAGGAGAGGGACGCCGAAGACAAGCGCCCGCUCUACCCCGCCUCCAUCCUGGAGGCAGGGCCCCCGGCGGCCAACGACCUGCUCGGCGGCUGCCGCAGUUUUGCACCCAGUUUUGUCCCGAAGGCCUUCGUCCAGGAAAAGGCCCCCCUCUUGCAGGGCUCGGUGGAGCCUCGGGAGGCGUUCGACCUCGUCCCCGAUCACGUUCGGCAAGUUUUGAUUGAGCCCGAGAGGUUCCUGGAACGCCACUCCGACGAGCUCAUGGACGAGCCCCAUAUCGAGCCAUACUGUGACCCCCUCCUGAACCCGAGGGUCCGCGCCAACCACCCGCGCUUGCUCGCGCAGCUGCGGCGCCUGGCCGACGUGGGGACCGUGGCAGCCACCCGCCAGAAGAAGGCGAUUGCGGGCUUGUUCUUCGUCGAGAAGAAGGGCGACCGCCUCCGCGCGAUCGCUGGCAGCCCAACCAGUUCCACAGAUUGGCGCCGACGCUACUCGGCGAGCUCGAACGACGCCGCCCUGCGCGCAGCCACGGCCGACUUAAAGGACGGCUUCCACCAGCUCAAGAUCCCGCAUCUGUCCGAGCGGUUCGUGUUCGACGUGCCGGGCGCCCGCGCGAUGGACCUUGGCGCGCAGCAGGUCUACGACGGCGACGUGGGCUCCUUUGUCGAGGCUGCCCCCGACGACUACGCGUGGCCGGCCAACGGCGGGCCGGCGACGGGCUGGCCCUGGGCUCUCUGGAUCUGCCACGAGACGCCGGCCCGCGCGACGAGGUCCCCUGCGGGCACCCGCGACGCCAUGGCGCUGGACAAGGUGCUGGCGGCGCGCUUGGAGCAGGGCAUGGUGGGGGACCCCCCGCACGUCGACAACGCCAACAUCAUCAGGGUCGAGCGCGACCUCGCGCAGGCCAGGCUCGAGCGCAUGACAGCGGUCUUCGACCUGCCGGGGCUGAAGUGGCACGAGAGGCAGGACGCGGGCGCUGAGGCUGCGGGCUGGCAGAUACGCGCUGUCCUGGGCCACCUGGUCUCUUUCUUCCAGCUGCUGGGGUUGGGGCCCCCCGUCUUCCGCGUCCUGCGAGACUUCGCCCAGCAGGACCUCGGUGAGAUCAGGGAGCUGCCGACGGCCGCGUUGCACGAACUGAGGGUAGCCAGGUCGCUCCUUGUCAUGGCAGUGGGCCGCUGGGGGCUGCCGCCCUACCCCGUCGCGUUCAUGACAAACGCUCCCAUGAAGGGCUACGCGCCCCUGGAGACCGACACGACGCCCGACGAGGUCCACGAAUUCUGCCGACGCCGAGAGCGAGCUUGCUGCAGCAGACGCGAGAGGUUCGUGGAGCGGGAGCACGACGGCUUCAAGGGCUCCCUGGCGAUCGGCGACGCUAGCGAGGGCUGGCGGGAUGGCCAGCUCGAGCGGGCCAGGCCGCGUGGCCCUGUGCCAGAGCGCUGUCGGGUCGAGGUCGACUCGGGGUGGCGACCGCCGCCCCUGCCCGAUAAUUUCGCGGACCCGACGCGCCGGGAGUUGGUCGUGGCAGGAGCUUGGCGAGAUGCGAGCCGCAUACAAGACUACGAGGCGCGCUGCGGGCUGAUGGGCCUGGCGCGGGCGGCCAGCUACCCCCCGUACCACGACGCGGAGCUGCUUUCCGCGGGGGACAGCAUGGGCUCCGCCCUGGCCUUCGAGGAGGGCCGCGCGGCGAACGGGGAGCUCACC